CAAUUGGCAACCGGGAGCUGCGUUGGACACUUCAGCUGCCUCUCCCACUUUUUAGAGACCACACGCAAAGAUGAAUGGCAACAACGAUGAUCCCAAAACCCCUCUCCUCCCACUCCGCGCCGAUCGCGGCGAGAGAGGGCCGCCCUCGCCCCUCCUCGAUCUCUUCACGCCCGGGAACGCCCUCAUCGCGCUCGGUCCGCUCCUGUGCGCCGCGACAUGCCUCUUCAUGCCGCUCGACGGGCCGGCGAGCAGCCGCAACAUGCUCGGCGUGCUGGGGUGGGUGUUCGCGUGGUGGCUGACCGAGGCGGUCCCGAUGCCGGUGACCUCGAUGGCGCCGCUCUUCCUGUUCCCACUGCUCGGGAUCGCGUCCGCGGAUGCCGUCGCCAGAUCCUACAUGGACGACGUGAUCGCGCUUGUGCUUGGGAGCUUCAUUCUCGCUCUCGCCGUCGAGCACUAUAACAUCCACAGGAGACUCGCCUUGAAUAUCACGUUACUUUUCUGCGGCGAGCCACUGAACCCGCCUCUGUUGCUCCUCGGGAUAUGCGCCACCACGGCGUUUGUGAGCAUGUGGAUGCACAACGUGGCGGCGGCGGUGAUGAUGAUGCCCGUCGCCACGGGGAUCCUCCAGCGCAUCCCGGAGGGGCCCGCCCGGCCCGACGCGGCAGGCAAGUUCUGCAAGGCGGUGGUGCUCGGGGUUACAUACUCGGCCGCCGUCGGGGGGAUGAGCACCCUCACGGGGACGGGUGUCAACCUGAUAUUGGUGGGGAUGUGGAAGAGCUACUUCCCGGAGGCAAAGCCCAUCAGCUUCAACACAUGGUUCUUCUUUGGGUUCCCUCUGGCCUUGCUGAUCUUCUUGGGCUUGUGGGGGAUCCUGUGCUUGAUGUAUUGCUCGAGGGGCUCAGGAAGGGCUCUAUCUCCUUACUUGGACAAGGCCCAUCUCAGGAGAGAGCUUGAAUUGUUGGGUCCAAUGGCAUUUGCUGAAAAGAUGGUGUUGACCGUCUUCUCGUUGCUAAUAGUUUUGUGGAUGACAAGGAGCAUAACAGAAGACAUUCCCGGUUGGGGAGCUCUAUUUGAAGGAAGAGCAGGCGAUGGAACCGUCAGUGUGAUGAUGGCGACGUUGCUCUUCAUAAUCCCGAACAAGAAGCAGAAAGGAGAGAAGCUGAUGGACUGGAACAAGUGCAAGAAGCUGCCGUGGAACAUCAUCCUCCUCCUCGGGGCGGGCUUCGCGAUCGCUGACGGGGUCCGCUCCAGCGGGCUCGCGGACAUCCUGUCAGAAACCCUAGGGUUCCUAGAGGAGGCGCCGUACCUGGCCAUCGCCCCGGCUGUCUGCGCCAUAAGCGGGACGAUCACUGAGUUCACGUCGAACAACGCGACCACGACCCUCCUCAUCCCUCUCCUCAUUCAGAUCGCCAAGACCAUGGGCGUGCACCCGCUGCUCCUGAUGGUUCCUGGAGCCAUCGGGGCUCAGUUCGCUUUCUUGCUUCCCACCGGCACUCCUUCCAACAUCGUCGGCUUCACGACGGGCCACAUCGAGAUCACCGACAUGAUCAAGGUCGGCUUGCCUCUCAAGAUUGUUGGUAUCGCUACACUGUCCUUGCUGAUGCCCACAUUAGGAGCACAUGUCUUUGGAACAAAUGGGAAGAUCCCAUAGCAGAGGAGCGAUGUCUUUCUUGUCUUUGGAGCUUCGCUUCCCACAUGGAACAGGCAAAAAGAGGUUCCUAAGAUCGAUCAACCGCCUAGUACUAAAUGUUAGGACUAAUUCUUUGGGAGCUAAUUUUUUUUUUUUUUUCAUUGUCAAUUCUCUGUACGUAAAACGACCCUAGUGGUCGGGCCCAAAAUCUUGAAAAGGACAUGGUAGACUGAAUUGAGAAUUCCAAAUUUUUACGUUACAUUU